AUGCCGUUCUCCAAACUCACGGACUUUGCGAGUCGCAAGUAUCUGGUGUUUGCAGCGGUGGAGGAGCAGCUCACCAACGCCAAGAUCCAUGUCAUUGAGGCGGCACGGGUCGCUAGAGAGACCAACCGCAUCCUCGUCCUCCCAAAGGGCGGCCACAGCCAUCUGUCUGUGGGUCGAUCCAUGCCCAUGUGUGCCUACUGCGACUUGGCUCACCUCAACGACACCGAGUGGGUCUCCCCCGAGUUCUUUCUUCUCCUCGCCCGAGCUGCCUUUAUCCACCCCUCUGUGGGAUAUCUCUGCGUCGACACACCUGAGCUCGGCCGGCCCUGCUUCGGCACAAAGGAGAUUAUUCGAAGCCUGGGGGCGUUGCUGACCCUGGGCAUGGGUCAGCUUCCCUCACGGACCACCACUGUCAGGCUGCACAUGCCUGCUCGCCCCGACCAGAUCCGCUCGCUGGUCCAUGCGUGGGCUGACAAGGUCGUGGUGAUCUACUCAAGAAACACGUUUGACCGCUUUGACAGGGCAACAGAUGACAUCGCAGUCAACAUAGAUGGCCUUGCAAACAGCACUUGUCAAUAUCAUCUCCUAUGUCCAACGUUCCCAUUGCUGUCAGGGAUGACAAAGACGUGGUGA